GCCAUAGGGAGGUCCGAAUGCGGCCGAAUGUGGCCGGGCCUUAAAUGGCGCAUUGUCCCAGCCUAAUUAUCUUUUUUUGAGCCCUCCCGCGUAUCCGUCCUGUCGCAGUUGCAGUGCACCCAUAAUGGCCGACUCUGAGGCCGGAGAGAAGCCCUCCCCCAAGCCCGCUGUCGGCUUUUGGGACCCUUCCCUGGAGCCGGUACGACGUCAGGUAUUCACCAAAUGGGCCCGCACAGUGUUGCUGCUCUGUACGUUCAUCCUCUGCGUCCUGUCCUUGUACUGGGCCGUCCAGUUCCGCUCCGAUGACAAACUGUCGAACCUCAAAGUAUGGGUAGUGGAUUUCGACAACUCGCAAGAUGGCGAUGCGCUCAUUGGGCCUGCGGUCACAAAUUUGGCAGCGCAGCUGGGGACGGAGAGCCAGAACUUGGGCUAUACCAUCAAAUCCGCAGCCGAUUUCGAGGACCCCGUCGCCGUCGUGCAAGCCGUUUAUGACGAGCACUGCUGGGCCGCAAUUAUCGUCAACCCGGACGCAACCAAUCUCCUUCGCGGCGCAGUCAAUGGAAACACCUCGUACAAUCCGUCCGACGCUGCGCAAUUUGUCAUCAUCUCAGCGCGAGACGAGACUACCGUCUCAAGCUACAUAACACCCAGCUUUAACGCCUUUGAACUCCAGCUGCGCGCACAGUUCGGCCCUGAAUGGGUGCGCAAUCUCACCCAGCAGUCCACGAACCUCAGUUCAGUCGCGCCCCAGGCAAUCAACCCGGCCGUCGCAUUCAGCACCCUCGACCUUCGCCCAUUUGCUCCCACCGCGGCAACCCCCUCCGUUACCAUCGGCCUUAUCUACCUCAUCAUCCUGUCGUUCUUCAAUUUCCCAUUCAUGAUGCCCGUGCAUGCCCUCUUCAUGAAAGGCGAGACAACACUAAAAAUCCCGCAAUGGCUUAUCUGGCGUGUCUGCUCCAGCAUAUGCACCUACUUCUUCCUCUCGCUCUUCUAUUCGUUUGUCUCGCUCGCCUUCCAAAUCCCGUUCUCAAACGAUCCAGCACCCGACACCGUGUCCGCCAACAACCCCAAUGCCUACGGAAAAGGCUCGUUCGUGGUCUUUUGGAUGCUCAAUUGGGUAGGAAUGGGCGCGCUGGGCUUCCCGCUUGAAAACAUGUCGAUGAUCCUGGGGUUCCCGUACAGCUCCCUGUUUUUGAUCUUCUGGGUUAUCACGAAUGUCUCGUCUGGGUUCUACGCUCUAGAUGUCGCCCCUGGCUUUUUCAAGUGGGGCUAUGCGUGGCCGUUGCACAGGAUUGUCAAUGCUUUACGGACAAUCCUUUUCGGCACGCAUUCGAAGAUUGGGCUCGAUUUCGGAGUCCUUUUCGCUUGGAUUGGGGUUUCUCUUGCGCUGUUCCCUGUCGCGACCUUCAUCAUGCGGUGGAAAAUGCGGAGGGGGUUGUAA